AUGGGGACGCUGACUGUUCGUGAGAAUCUGUGUUUCUCGGCGGCUUUAAGGCUCCCAAAGUCGAUCUGUCAGCUAGAAAAAGAUGAGAAGGUUGAGAGACUAAUUCAGGAGCUGGGAUUGAGCAAAGUGGCUGGUUCAUGGGUGGGCACGCAGCUGAUUCGUGGUGUUUCGGGUGGAGAGAGGAAGAGGACGAGCAUCGGCAUGGAGCUGAUCUUUGAUCCGCCAGUGCUUUUCGUGGACGAACCGACCACCGGCCUGGACGCCAGUACAGCCAACUCUGUCCUCAUGCUGCUCAAGAGAAUGGCGAACAGCGGUCGCACCAUCAUCCUGUCCAUCCAUCAGCCGCGGUACUCCAUCUACCGGCUGUUCGACAGCCUCACGCUGCUGGUGGGAGGAAGGAUGGUGUAUCACGGCCUGGCUCAAGACGCCCUGGACUACUUCAGUCAGAUCGGAUACACCUGUGAACCUCAUAACAAUCCUGCUGAUUUCUUCCUGGAUGUCAUCAAUGGAGAAUCCACCGCCGUCGCUCUCAACAAGUUAAACAACAGUGAGGAACUGGACGAGGAGCAGCUGAGUUCGUCUCUGAAGGGCAUCGAGGACCGUUUGGUGGAAGAAUACAAGAACAGCUCCAGCUACAAACAAACCAAAAGCGAGCUGGAGCGAAUCGUUCAGGGACAGGACUACAGCACACGACCCAAAUCCAGAACCAUCACCUACAGCACGUCCUUCUGCCACCAGUUCAACUGGGUCCUCAGGAGAACCUUCAAGAACCUCAUGCUGAACCCACAGACCUCAUUCGCUCAGAUCUUCUCGGGGCUGCUGGUGAAUCUCCCCAGUGUGGCUGACUGGUUGAACUGGUUGAAGUAUCUCAGUAUUCCUCAUUACGGUCUUGUUGCUGUGGAAAUCAAUGAGUUCAUUGGCCUCACCCUGUGUGACAUGAGGAACACAAGUGGCCUAGAAAUACAAGUCUGUUCAACAGGCGAGGACUUUCUGAGCGAUCAGGGCAUCGAUUACUCAACCUGGGGUUUGUGGCAGAAUCAUUUGGCUCUGGGAAUCAUGACCCUCAUCUUCCUCAUCAUCGCUUACCUCAAGCUGCGCUUUAUCAAGAAAUUCACCUAAACACAGGCUC